AUGCAAAAUCCUCAUAAUUUAGAAGAAUCGUUACGAGAGACAGCUUGCUUGGGGGAUGUUGACAAGGUUGGGGUGCUUGUCGGUGCCGGCGUCGAUGUAAAUUCCCAAAAUGGAGUGAACGGUUGGACUGCACUACACUGGGCAGCUAAAAGGAGCCACAAGCAUGUUGUUUCAUUUUUGUUGCAAAGCGGAGCUAACCCGACUAUCAGGUCACACAAGAAUGAACUUGCAGCCAAUGUCACGCAAAGCGAAGAGAUCAAGCGACUUUUGUCGGGGGAAGGAAGUGAACAUGUGAAAGAUAAUGGUGGUGCUGAUCAGUUAUCAGCAGCUUGUCCAG